AUGGAACGGCCUCCAGCAUAUCAACCAGUGUGUAGCGAUGAACAGAAAGAGAUCCUAGAAGAGCUAGAGGACAAGGAGGGUGUAUCGUGGGACUCUAAGAAUACCGAAAUUAUCCCGACGAACACACGAAGCUUCGUAGCGUACAUGUCUCUUCUGCUGCUCUCUCUUUCAGCAAACAUCUUACUCGUGAUGGAUAAUGCAAAGCUUCGCAUUGCGCACAGCCCAGCCAAGAGUAAAUAUAGUGGAUUAGCCUACGACAUUACUGUGCCAUAUCACGCGACGUCAGAGUACUGGCAUCCGAACGCGAGUGAUAGUGAUAUGGAAGUAGCAUGGGACGCCAUCGACACCAAUGCUAUGGCAGUCACGCUCGACGACAGGUUUGCAAAACGUAUGGGUCUGUCCUCCUCUACUCGGUUUCCCUGGGAUACUGAGCGAAGCAUCUACUAUAUUAAAGGGGUUCAUGAUCUGCAUUGUCUCAAACUUAUUCGCAAAGCCAUCGUCUCAAAGCACAAGAGCAACCCCCAGCCCUUUGAUCUUCUUCACCUCUACCACUGCCUUGAUGGCCUUCGUCAAGACAUCAUGUGCACUGCGGAUGACACACCGAUGCCAGCUCCACUUGCGCACCAAGGGAGUGAUGGCCAACUUCGACAGUGCCGUGACUGGGAUAAGCUGAUCUCAUGGGCCACCCGCCCUGAUCAACAUGCUUGCUACGAAUUUGACGAUUAUCGCGAAGCGACAAACGCCCUGGAAAACUUUGCAUUCUGUCCACCGGGAUCGCCUUAUCAGGAGUUUCAGAAGGCCUAUUUCCAGUACCACGGACACAAGGACGCGUAUGAACACAACGAUGACGAGGAAAAAGUAGUGGUGUUCAAGAGUCUCGACACAUAUGUUCUGGGGCCAAGAGUAGGGAAUGUACUAUCUUGUUCAUCAAAGUCUUAUCUAUAUCCCCUUUCAAGUAACCAAAACAAGCAAUCAGGGCACUCACUACGCACGCCACUACCGCUUUACUCCCUCACACGAGCCGUACCAGAUAUUAAUGAAGUCGCCCGCAACCCGGCACCCAUCGAUGAUAGAGUUGAUUGGGACGACCACGGCAAACCGGCACUCGGCGAUACCAGUCACCUCAGUUCAGACGAUCUCAAGAAGCUCAAAGAAGUCAUAAAACAAUUGCUUAGUGGCAGAGCGGUUGCUGAUGCUGAGAGCAUUGUUAUUGAUAGAACCACACCCAAUUUCCAUCACUCAGCGAAGAACCCUGUCGAGAUCCGCCCCCCCCAUAUGCGACUAACUUUGAAGUACCUCACAUUCGUUCUAUACACGGAAGAGAUGGAGUUCUUCGAUCUCAAGCACGAGUCGCGAAGACCGAUAUACGAUGCGAUGAUGGUCCCAUCUCUCUUUGUUUCUUCUCAUCACCCUCUCCCGCGCCAACCCGGAAGUAGCGCGGAUGUCGGUCCAUUUGUAAACGUUGUUACUUGGAUUCUCUUGAUCACUUCUGCUUUGGUUGUCUUAACUAGGCUUAUUACGAAGCGUGCACUCGAAAGGAGCCUUGAUGUUGACGAUGCUUUCGUUCUGCUGGCUUUGGUUGCGAGUAUAGGCUCUGGUGUAUCGGUCAGCGUGCAGACCGGCAGUGGUCUUGGACGAGAUAUUCAGGAAAUGACUGAUAUUCAAAUUGUGGUAUAUCAACAAGCCGACUAUGCGAACAAGUUGCUCUACAUUGCAACAUUAUGUUUCGCGAAACUAUCCAUCAUCUCGCUGCUAAUGAUCCUAACUGCCUCGAAGCUGCAUCGAAACUUGGGCUUGGGCUUGAUAGGUUUCAUCGCAUUAUGGAGCGCACUGUCCGAGGUCGUGUCGGCUUUUCAGUGUGGCGCUGCAGAGCCGUGGCGCUUUCUUGCUCGAGAUGGAAGUUGCUUUGACUUAGCUGCCUUCUGGCAGACAGUGAGUGUCGUCAACAUAAUGACGGAUCUGGCUUUGAUACUGUUUCCAGUACAUGUCAUCAUGACGCUACAGAUGAACAUGAGUAAGAAGAUCACUAUCCUGACAUUCUUCGGUGCGCGAUCACUAGAUAUCGUAGCAUCCGCAGUCCAGAUGGCCUACCUUGGUGGGUUCACUUCACUUAACCCGACCAGAGACCUCUGGGAAUGGACACUUGUCACACAGAUCAUUGAGUGCAUCACCAUUCUCACAUCAUGUGUACCCUACCUCCGUCCGCUCCUAGAAUCUGUCCCAUCGGGCCUCUAUGGUAGCGACGAGCUACGGCGUAGAGGUACAUCCUCGGAGCAUGGCUACUCGCGCAGUAAAAGCGGCUCGUAUCAACUCUCAAGCACUGCUUCAAAGGUGGGUGCUGGAAUAAGACAUAGUCGCAGAAGUCAGAUGGAAAGUAGCGGAAUCAAACGCUUCUUACCAAUGCUCUCACAGGAGAAAACGACAAAUGCCGAUUCCGCGUCCGGUGUUCCUGAAGGCCCUCCUCAUCUCAACGGCGGGAUGGGUGUUGGAAUAACGGCUGUACACCACAGAUAUGAGAAACGGUGGGAUAACAAAAGAUGGGAGACAGCCAGUACCGGAAGUCAUUCCAAGAUCUUGAAGACUACGGUUGUUGGUGCGCAAUGGGAGGAGGCGGAGGUGAAGAGUCGUGAUGUUUCUAGUGAUGAGAUUGCGAUCGUGCGUUGA